AACGAGACUAUUCACAACGAAUCAAAACAUUGUGUAAAUGUCUUGUCAUUUGAGGUGGCAAACACUGCUUCUAAGUUACAAAUCCCUUUUGAAUGUCACUCCGCUAAAGAAUGACACAAUUGUGCCUUUGUGGCGAGUGACUGCACUACAAAUCAGUAACAUUAGGUCACGCGCUGCCUCCCGUGUAUUUCAAGCGGUUCAACGUUUCACGGCCAAAUGUCCGCUCAACCAGGCAUGUCUGACACGACGCAGCUGGGGAACGGCAAAUGGAGAAUAAAACACGUCACCGGGGAUCUGUUCUCCUGUCCCACGGACGAGGCUCUUGCCCACUGCAUAAGUGAGGACUGCCGCAUGGGGGCAGGCAUCGCCGUCACGUUCAAGCAAAAAUUCAGAGGGGUCGAGGAGCUCAAGGGGCAGCAGAAGCUGGUGGGACAGUGUGCCGUACUGAAGAGAGGCAAACGUUUUGUGUACUAUCUGAUCACCAAGAAGAAGGUGAGCCAAAAGCCAACCUACGACAACCUGAGACAGAGCUUGGAGGACAUGAGAGCGCACUGUAUCCAAAAUGGAGUCACCCGAAUUUCCAUGCCUCGGAUUGGCUGUGGCCUGGAUCGACUGAAGUGGGAAAGAGUUUCAGAGAUGCUGGAAGAGAUCUUUGAGCCCGCCGAUAUUUCAGUCACAGUCUACAGCCUCCCUGUCAGAGCUGAGACCUUGGUGAUGAAGGAGAGCACAUACAGAUGAUUCCUGGAAAUGGUUUGCCGUACACUUGUGUUUGAAUUUUUUCAGUAGUUGACCCUGAUAUGAAAGCAUAAAUGGCCCUUUUUGCACUAUUAGACCAGUUGAGCAUCUGUUGUUGAGCUGUCUUACAGUGGGAGGAAAAAGUAUGUGAACCCGUGGGGAUUUUUUUAACUGUUGCAUAGAAUGCUAAAUCCAAAGAAUAAACCAACAGUCUUCAUUUUUAAACUAAUACCACGCAAAUAAAUACAGUUUCAUGUUUUUAUAGAGUGUAACACGUAAACAUUGGGAGGACAGGGAGGAAAAAGUAAGUGAGCCCUCGGAUUUAAUUGCCUGUCUUGCCUCCUUGGACGGCAGUUACCCCAAACACUCGUUUCCUGUAGUUGCAGAGUAGACGUGCACAAUGAUCCGAAUGAAUUUUGAACCAUUGCUCUCCACAAAACUGUUGCACUUAAGCAAGGUUGCUGGGAGGUCUUGGGUGAAUAGCUCUUUUGUCCUGCUCCUGUGUAUCAGUUUGGUUGAGGUUUGGACUUUGAGUGGGCCACUCCAGAGCAUAUAUUUAUCACUUCUGAAGCCAUUCUGCUUUUGGUUGGUUUGCAACAUCCAUGCUCUUUUGAGCUUCCACUUUUGCACAGAUGGCCUCCCUCAAGUUCCCCUGGAAAACAUCUUGAUCAACUUGUUAAUUCAUUUUUCCAGUGACCAUAGAGAGGCAUUUACACAAGGAGAAAUAAAACUUGAGGUUUGAAAAUCAUUUAAUGCGUGCAUGUACAACCAAAAAGGCAUGUUUGCCACGGCGACAUAAACAUCGCAUUUCCUGACAACCGUUGUUGCACAUCGUGUACAUUUUCUUUCUUAAACUGCAUCCAUUUUAUUUUUAUUCAAGUCUUCGCCAUGUUGAAGUCAGUCAAUCAAUAAACAAAGCAGCUGAUGGUGUUACUUU